AUGUGGAAAUCUAUGAUCAGCAGUCCCAGAGCCUCAACGUUAGUCUCCGCUAUCAGACUACGUUCCCUCCAACGGACCCUCUCAGUAGUAGCUAGUGAAGAAGUGGAGACUCAAAUUGUGGCAAAUGAGGCAGUGGAGAUAACAGAAGUGGAGUCUGAGAUUGCAGAGGACACCAUGUCACGUGUCAAGAUGGGCAUUCCUUUUUGGGUUACUAAAACAUUGAUUGGGGUGGGGGGUGCGAAUAUAAAGCAGAUGAGUAGCGAGUUUAAUUCCCUUAUCAAGGUCUCAAAAUAUGGAAAUAACUUCCCCGGUACCAGUGAGGCAGUGGUUUUGAUUGAAGGUGAGCGAGAUGACGUUAUUGCAGCUGUCAACAAGACUGUUGAUUUUGUCCGCUCCACAGAAAUUCCAGAGGGGAUAAAAGAUCGAGAAAGAGCUGAAAGGAGGCAAAAAUAUUCUCGUUUGAUAAUCCCUUCGUCUUUGUCUGGUAAAUUCAUCGGGAAAGGAGGAGCAGUAGCAACGAAAAUACGGGAACAAUUUGAGCUAGAAACCUUCAGUGUUCAAGGUAGGGAAUAUAUUCCAGAAGGGUUUGAAGAGAGGUCAAUAAUUAUUUCAGGGGAGGAAGAAAACGUCAAAGAGGCCAUGGCCCAUGUGAUGGAGGAGUUGCGAUCUCAAUCUGGACGCGCUCAGUUAGAUGAAAACUUAAACUAUUAG